AAUCUCGAUACUCUGCAAAACUAUUUAGAAAAACUGGAAGAUGUUUUACUAGCAAAACAUGGAAUACCCAGCAGCAAACUAUUAUCUCUUGACGACCUGAACCAAAUGGUUAAGUUUUUAGCUAAGCACAACAUACAAGUAUCAUCAACCGAAGAAAUGUUGAUAAGAUCCACAGCCCAGGUAACAAUGAACAAAACACAUAUCAUAUAUAUGUUGAAAUACCCAUUUGAAUCCAAACAUACUUUUGAAUACAAUUAUAUUGAUUCAAUUAUAAAAAAUGACAAAAGAAUUCUCUUGCAGCACAACUAUAUACUGAAGAACAACACUCAUGUAUUUGAAUCGUCACAGCCCUGCGAACAAAUAGAUAAUCGUAAUUAUCUUUGUGACAGCAUACACCUAGAACCAUCAAGUAAGUGUAUUCAAAAACUAGUACAUGGAUAUCAUUCCGAUUGUACUUAUGAAAAAGAAUAUUCCGAUUGAAUCUUCGAAUCUUCCGAAUCCCGAUUCUCCCAACACUAAACCAGACGCAGCCAGCAGAGAUGCGUUCAUGAGAUGGAUUGAGUAAUCGAGGAUGAUUCCGAUCUUCGGCUCCCGCACGGAUACUAACGAUACAGGAAGAUGCGUCGAUGUGCGUGUCGCUAUUGGAACACUCUCACUCUCUUGCUUUAGAUCGUCAAGGCGAAUCGACGCAGUCCACCUGUCUUUGUACCUCGUGUGUUAUCGUACAAGUGUGAAAAUAAAGCUCUUUGAAAUUAAUACUAUUUACGAGCUAGUAUCAUUCCGGUCAUGCAAGUUCGAACGUAGAAUAUAGUGUUUUUUUCUGGAAAAGUAUGUCAAACAGAUGGUUAUUGUGAUUAGGCGUUGUGCACCAUGUUGUUGUCAUGUAAGACGAAAUCUCGGCACUGUUAUCUGGGAUGAUCUCCUAAUAUAUGUGUCACCUACCAAGCAAUGACUCAGCAAACCGUGGCGGAGCUCGCACCACAUAGAUAAUAAUUGUGAAACUAUGAGUAUCAUCAGCAUGUUCCAAACAUGACGUCGUGUUCCCGUGUUGUAGAGCUUGGUACAUGAAAUCUGUUUGUACGUUCAGCAAACGGAGAUGAUGCACGACGGACAGCGAGAGGGCCGGGAGGGACAAACAUUGCGCGGGAUAAUGUACGAUAACAACGGUCCGUAUCCCGCUAGGGCCGUAAAUUGCUCAAGCAUGUGUCAGGGUCCAUCAAGGAAGGCCUGUCUCGGGUGACGACCAGCUGUGUUCUUGUAGCAUGAAGGCUUAACGGGGCUCAAAGGUCGCACAGGUACUGCGGGCGGUGUGCGCUAACAGAUAGCAGAGUGGAGUGGAUGAUGCCUGCGUGAAACGACACAAACGGCUUAACUGGCAGUUUGCAAAAUUGCUCAAUUAACGUAUCUAACGAGCUGAAACGAAGUUCAAAAGAACAUCGCAUCGUUUGUUCGGCGUUUGUGUUUGAUAAAGUUGUUCCUCGGCAAAAAAUGGAAAAAUCUACAA